AUGCCCUAUCUCACGCUUCGGGAUGGAGCCGAGCUCUUCUACAAAGAUUGGGGCAACCCCGACGGCGCUAUCGUUACCUUCUCCCACGGCUGGCCCUUGAGCAGUGAUAAUUGGGAAAGCCAAAUGAUGUAUCUGGGUGAUCACGGUUACCGUGUCAUCGCACACGAUCGGCGUGGCCAUGGGCGAUCAAGUCAGACCUGGGAUGGAAACAACAUGGAGACCUUUGUUGACGAUCUCGAGGAGCUUUUCGCACACUUGAAGGUUAGUGACGCAGUGAUGGUCGGUCAUUCCCACGGAGGAGGCGAAGUCACCCGUUAUCUCGGAAAGCACGGCACAAGUCGUUUUAAGAAAGCCGUUCUUAUUGGAGCAGUGCCUCCUUUGAUGUUGAAGACUAGUGUCAACACCAAGGGUACGGAAAAGUCAGUUUUCGAUUCUUUUCGAGAAGCAAUACUGAAAGACCGCGCACAAUUCUUCUUGGAUGUCCCUAGCGGACCAUUCUUUGGUUUCAACCGAUCCGGGGCGCAGAAAAGCGAAGGGCAGAUUCGUAACUGGUGGCGGCAGGGAAUGAAUACCAGUUGCAAGUCAGCUUAUGAUUCGAUCAAAGACUUCUCCGAGACAGAUUUCACGGAAGAUCUAAAGAAGAUUGAUAUUCCCGUCCUGGUCCUCCAUGGAGAUGACGACCAAGUUGUUCCCAUUGAGGCAUCUGGAUUGAAGUCAGCGGAACUCCUGCCUCAAGGCAAGCUGAAGAUCUAUAAGGGGGGAUCUCAUGCAAUUCAUAACAUUAAUGUUGAUGAGGUCAACAAAGACCUUCUUGAUUUUAUCAAGUCAUAA